AUCAUACUAAUGGAUACUUCUAUUCUUUUCUAAGAAACUUAACUUGGAGCCCUCAAGCUUAAAAACAAAUUCAUUGUUGCUCCUUUAACUAGAAUGAGAGCUGACUAACCUGAUAUGGUUCCUAAUGAUUUAAUGGUUGAAUAUUACUCUUAAAGAGCUAGUUUUGGUCUUAUCCUUACUGAAUGCAGUUAGAUAUCUCCUCUUUCUCAUUGUUUCCCUGGUUCAGGUGGAAUUUUUACUGAAGAAUAAGCAUAAGGAUGGAAAAAAGUAGUUGAUGCAGUACAUGAAAAAGGUUCCUUGAUAAUGCUUUAAAUAUGGCAUAAUGGUAGAGCAGUUAAUCCAAGCUAAAUCGGAGGAUAAUAACCUAUAGGCCCUUCUCCUAUUGCAAUCGAUUAAAACAAUUUCUUAGCAAAUAACGAACCAUAUCCAGUUCCUCACGAACUUACUAUUGAAGAAAUUAAAGAAGUUGUUUAAUAAUAUAAGCGUGGAGCUGAAUUAGCAAAAUAAGCAGGUUUUGAUGGCGUUGAACUUCAUGGAGCUAAUGGAUAUCUUGUUGAUUAAUUCUUGAGAGAUGGCUCAAACUAACGUACAGAUAUUUAUGGAGGUUCUGUCUAAAAUCGUAGCAGAUUUUGCUUGGAAGUAAUUGAUGCUCUUGCUGAAGUAUUUGGUUAUGAUAGAGUUGCUGUAAGAUUUUCACCAACUGGUAGAUAUAAUGGUUAAUAUGAUUCUAAUCCUUUAGCCCUUAUGGAAUAUUUGUUAGGAGAGUUGAGCAAGAGAAAUCUUGCUUUUGUUGAGCUUAAAAGACAUGGUGCUCUUGAAUAUUUUAUUAAAAAUAAUUCAGAAGAUAAAAGAAUUCCUCCUGCUUAACAAAUACCUGAUUUCUUUAAUUAAUUAAGGAAAUUCUACUAAGGUAAUUUGGUAGCAAAUGAUGGUAUUAAAAUAGAAGAAGCUCUUACUUUAACCACAAGUAACACUGCCUAAGCAAUAUCGUUUGGUGUUCUCUCUAUUUCUAACCCAGAUUUACCAAUCAGAGUAAAGAAUAAUUGGGAAAUAAAUUAAACCAUUGAUAAAAAUACAUGGUUCUUUGGUGGAUCUAAAGGAUAUACUGAUUUCCCUACAUAUGAAUAACAAAUUAAUGUUAGCAGUUCUUGA